AAAAUAGUCUUUAUAUCCCGGCGGGGCAGCAGCAGGAGGAAAUCUGUGCCGGCUGACUCCACGGAUAGCCAUCAGCACCACAGCGGACACAAACACAUGUACGGUUUGGGGUAGUGAUGGCGCUUUCGAACUGAAAAGCCAGCCCUCGGUGUGUUUUGCCAUUCCUAGAAAAAGCAGCCAUGAGGACUGCCCUCGUCUUCGUCUGCCUGGUGGGGAUGGCAUGUGCCUUCUCGGUCAAGAGCUGGCUGCGGCGAGCCAAGUCGGAUGACUCAGAAGAAAAUGCGGUGUUCAAGAACAGGCACCGGUAUUACCUAUACAGAUAUGCCUACCUGCAUCCCCCGCAGCGACGGUACCAGAACAGCGACUCAUCGGAGGAAGAGGGGGAUGGUUCGGAGGAGGAGGAUGCAGGGGAGCCGACCCAUGCUGGCAUUGAGGUAGCUGGUCGCCCUGCCGGAGCAGCCCCUGGGGACAGCCAAGGCGGGCUGGGAGGGGACAUCACAUCCCCCCAGCAGGGCAAGGGCUGCCAAGGGCCCCAGAAUGGGGGCAGGAAUGGUGCUGUUGGCAAGGGCGGGGACUCCGAAAAUGAAGACAGUGAUGAAAAUGAGGAGGAAGAGGAGGAGGAGGAAGAAGUAGCCGAGAACGAGAACAGCAUCAAUGGCACGAGCACCAACACUACCGAGGGGGCAGAUGGACCUCAUAACAAUGGUACUGCAGUGGCUGAGGAGGAGGAGGAAGAAGAGGAGGAAGAAGAAGAGGAAGAGGAGGAGGAGGAAGAGGAGGAGGAAACCGAAGCCACCACUGUUGCCAGCACCACCGUUGAAGAGGGGCUGUCCCAGGCCACCACCGUGGGAGACCAGGCACCCACAGAUGCCACCACAGCUGGGGAGCAGUGGGAGUAUGAGGUGACAGCUGGAGUCCAUGGCCGUGGGGACGAGGGUGCCACCGAUGGCAGCUAUGGGGAGCAGGAUGAGUACGCCCGUGGGGACAGCUACCGGGCCUACGAGGACGAGUACGGCUACUACAAGGGGCAUGGCUACGACAUGUAUGGCCAGGAUUACUACUACAACCAGUGAGCGGGCGGGGGGGCAGCCCCAGUGCUGCCCCCCACCUGCCCCAUCCCACUCAGGAAUGUGCACCUCGAGGCUCACUGGAGGGGACACCGGGCAGCUCGCAGCAUGCACUGGCUCUGUCCCAGGCUGCUUUUUUGUAACUCGCAAAGCGAAAUUGAAAUAAAGCAACUGAACUGAG